UAUAAAUCGAGGUGACCCUCGUGAGAGUUUUAGAAACAAACCAAGGAGUUGACUUUACUUUCGAAGGACUUCGAAAGUUUUUGGAUUUCUUUUCAACCUAUAUUUUGUUGAUUUUCUUCUUUAUUCGUCGAGGAAGAGUCGGAGAAAGAAGAAGACGAAACGAUGAAGUACAUAUUAGGAAUCGGAGGUGUCACAAAUGGUGGUAAAACCACUCUGACAAAUAAACUGAUCAAGACUUUGCCCAACUGCUGUGUGGUACACCAGGAUGACUUUUUCAAGAAACCCGAUCACAUACAAGUCGGGGAGGACGGAUUUAAACAAUGGGAUGUGAUCACAGCGUUGGAUAUGGAGGCCAUGACCAACACGAUAAAGGGCUGGAUGGAGAACCCUGUGAAGUUUGCCCGCUCGCAUGGGGUCAGCCUGUCCCCCGUCCCCGCCGUGGCCAGCGACAAAGAGCAGAUUCACAUCCUGAUUGUGGAGGGCUUUCUGCUUUACAACUACGCGCCCCUCCUGGAUGUUUUUGACAAGUGCUACUACAUCGCCAUCCCCUACGAGGACUGCAAAAGGAGGAGAAGUACGAGGCAAUACACCGUCCCCGACCCCCCCGGCCUGUUUGAUGGUCAUGUGUGGCCCAUGUACCUGAAACACAGACAGCAGAUGGAGGAAAGCGGCUUGAACAUCGAGUACCUGGAUGGUUUGAAAUCCAAAGAGGAGAUCUACAACCAGGUCUAUGAAGACAUUCAGAACAACGUGCUCAAUCGUUUAUAGCAAGAAGAAUGCCCCUUCUUCUGUACAGGAUUUGUAAAUAGCAUCUAUGUUUUUGUUUUUUAUUAAGAAUUUUGUAUAUAGGAAGAAAACAAUGUUAAUUUAUCUUUUUACCAACUUGUCAAAGUGUUUGGGGUUUUUUAUUUGAUAACAUUUGAUCUCACUUCCAUAUUUGUCAGACCACUGACUUUUAUUGGACCAUUUUGGUUCCAAUUGCAAAAUAAAUGUUUUGCAAAACAUA